CGCCGGCACGACUCACGAGUGCGUUUCCCUCACGUCACGAAUACCGCUUCGUCGUUCAUUCUCAGGCUCGACUCGCGACUCGGCUGGCUGCACUCCUCGGCUCGGUUGCAUUCAGCCGCACGCACGCACUCCGGUCCGACACGCCGAGCGCGCACGCACGGAUCCUUAGCACCCACGGCACAAGACAGAGAAGGUUCCCGGCAGGUCCAGCAGGAGAGAUCAGCUGUUUUCCCUCUCGCCCCGUACCGCUUUUCCGCGCUGAAAGGAAGACAGGAUGAGGGAGAUCGUGCAUCUGCAGGCUGGACAAUGCGGCAACCAGAUCGGCGCGAAGUUCUGGGAAGUUAUUUCUGAAGAGCACGGCAUCGACCAGUCGGGCAUUUAUCACGGUGACAGCGAUCUGCAGCUCGAACGAAUUUCCGUGUACUAUAAUGAAGCGUCUGUCGCGACGUCCACGAAUGGGGGGAAGUAUGUACCGCGCGCGAUCCUGCUGGACUUGGAGCCGGGAACGAUGGACGCCGUUCGUUCCGGCGCUUACGGAAAGCUCUUUAGACCGGACAACUUCGUGUUCGGGCAAUCCGGGGCGGGUAACAACUGGGCGAAGGGCCACUACACCGAGGGUGCCGAGCUGGUCGACUCUGUCCUCGACGUGGUGCGAAAGGAGUGCGAGAACUGCGACUGCCUGCAAGGUUUCCAACUCACCCACUCGCUGGGCGGUGGGACCGGGUCCGGAAUGGGCACCCUGCUGAUCUCGAAGAUCCGCGAGGAGUAUCCCGACCGGAUUAUGAACACUUACUCGGUGAUGCCGUCGCCCAAAGUGUCCGAUACCGUCGUGGAGCCCUAUAACGCGACCCUGUCGGUGCAUCAAUUGGUGGAGAACACCGACGAGACGUAUUGUAUCGAUAACGAGGCCCUGUACGACAUCUGCUUCCGCACUUUGAAGGUUUCCAACCCGAGUUACGGCGACCUCAAUCACCUGGUCUCGCUCACUAUGUCCGGAGUAACCACUUGUCUUAGGUUUCCCGGCCAGCUGAACGCCGAUCUGCGGAAGCUCGCGGUGAACAUGGUGCCCUUCCCACGUUUGCACUUCUUCAUGCCGGGCUUCGCGCCUCUGACAUCCCGGUCCAUGCAGCAAUAUUCCGCGCUCUCCGUGCCAGAGCUCACGCAGCAGAUGUUCGACGCGAAGAACAUGAUGGCGGCCUGCGAUCCGCGCCACGGCCGAUACCUCACCGUGGCGGCCGUCUUCCGCGGCAGGAUGUCGAUGAAGGAGGUGGACGAGCAGAUGCUCAGCGUGCAGAACAAGAACAGCUCGUACUUCGUCGAGUGGAUACCGAACAACGUGAAGACGGCGGUAUGCGACAUCCCGCCGAAGGGCCUGAAGAUGUCGUCGACCUUCAUCGGCAACACCACCGCCAUACAGGAGCUGUUCAAGAGGAUCUCCGAGCAGUUCACGGCGAUGUUCAGGAGAAAGGCCUUCCUCCACUGGUACACCGGCGAGGGUAUGGACGAGAUGGAGUUCACCGAGGCCGAGUCCAAUAUGAACGAUCUGGUGUCCGAGUACCAGCAGUACCAGGAAGCUACGGCGGAGGAGGACUUCGAGGUGGAGGAGUGCGCUGACGACUUCGAGACCUGCGAGCAGGAAAACUGAAACCAGCGACCAGUUUUCUUUUUUACUAGAGGUUUAUCUUCAGCCUCUCUGUCUCUGUCUCGUCAUCGUAGGAGCUUUCGCAUGAGACCGAUCGUGCGCAGCUCGCGAAAAGCCGUCUUUUGAUACUUUUAUAUACGAUAUGCGAUGCGCUUUGUAAUCGCUGAGACGGACGUAAUAUAGGCGUUCGAGAUUACUUUUUUACGAAUCGUGUGAUACCGAAAUAUAUUUAUAAAAAUCAAUAUUCGAAGGCAAAUGAUGUCGCGACGAAUAUUAAAUUAAUGCGAAGAAUAAUAUUAUUUAGAAUGUAAAAUAGCUUCUUCUAUUGAUCUUGUAUUAUGUAUCUAUGAUACGCCUAUGUUAUAUUCAGCUUUACUAGUGAUAAUCAUAAGGAUUUUGAUAUGUCAUUUGGAGGAAUAUAUGGCAUAGACUGGAGUGUAAUAAAAAUCGUUGAAAAAUCAAAUUUUUGUAUUUAUAGCCACGAAAGAAUGAAAUGUCAAACUGUAA